GAGAUCGUGCUGGCCUACCUGUACCCGCGACUGGAUGCCAACGUGUCCAAGCAGCGGAAUCACUUGCUGAAGAGUCCGUUCGCUGUGCACCCCAAGACAGGACGUGUUUGUGUGCCUAUCGAUGUGGCCAACAUGGCAGCCUUCGACCCCUUCAAGGUGCCCACUCUCGGUCAGCUGCACGAGGAACUCGACUCCGACAAGGGCGCUACCAGCAUGAAUAAGUACGUGGACUUCUUCGAGUCCUCGUUCCUCAAGCCGCUGGCUCUGGCCGCCAAGCGAAAGCAGCGCGAAGCCCGCGAGAGCGACGCUGCCAUGACUGGCGACUGGUAGGUAGAAUGCAAAAUGUCGCUGCGAGUGAUAGAAGGCAGGUGGGGGCAGGCUCAAGCUAUAGCGGGUAAAUAUAUUCUGUGCCUCAACGGCGUAACUUUCUAGACCUGCCUGUAUUGUUGCUAUUGCGCUAGCUCUGAUCUGUUCGAUACCAUACCGUAUAACCUUACGUCCCACAGCGGAUGCAUUGGUCUAACUAGUUCGAUCCGCGGGCUGCUCUCGCCGCUUUGAAACGAGAAACUCGCUUGACCGGUUGCUGCAACAAAAAUUAAUAAUGCACACGAAGAUCAGGUAAGUGAGUCAACACUGGCAACAACCAACAUCACAAGAUGUACGUACAACUUCGCCAACAGGUUCCAGUGUCACCGUCUGGCCGGUGUAAUUAGAGCCCUGGAAACGUGACUGUCGAGGUUCAGCGAAGGAAGCUCCCGGUACAGACACUGGGGCCGGCACCUUUUCGGCGAUUUCGUGCUCCACGAUACUGCCGGAAAAUGCUGUCGACGCCGAAGAGGCCGACACAAACGAUGACGAAGAGGAUGCUGGCACUGGCGGCUUGAUUGACGGCGACGAUGCAGGCGCUGAGCUCGCGGUUGAUGGCUUAGGGACUGGCUUGGGCUUCGGCUCUGGUUUGUCCUCGUCCUGCACUCCACCAUUAGCCUUGGCUUUCGCCUUCUCCCGCAUCUGCUUGGCCUUUUCUUCUAGUUUCUCGUCGGUGGGGCACAGCUCCAUGGCGCGCUCGUAGGCUUCAGCAGCUUCCUCAAACUGUUCCAGUGCUGCGAGAGCGCACGCCCUGCGGUAGUGGCCCUUGACCCACGGUUCGUGCAAGGAGACGGCGACGUCCGAAUCAUCCAGCGCCAGCUUGUACUUCUUCAGACGAUGGUACGCCGCAGCGCGGUUGCCAUACAUAAUCUGCAAUGUGUGAAUAGGUCAGUCAAAGGCCUAGUUUAACACAAUGCAUCGCCGGAUCCAUGCAUACGUACGUGUGAUGUCGGGUCCAGCUCGAUAGCCUGCGAGUAGUACUGAGCGGCUGCCUGGAAGCGUCGACGAGAGAACGCCUCGUUGCCCUUGGCCUUGAGCGCAGCAGCCUGUGCCUCCGUCGACUCCUCCAGCUCCUGCUCCUUCGCCUUGUCCUCCCCCUCGGGGCUUUCGCCGGCAGCUUCGCGCGCCUCCAGGUCCUCCAUGCGCUUCAUCAUGUCGUCCCAGCUCCAGGCCGCCUGCUCCUGCUUGAGCCGCUCCUGCUCCUCCACCUCAAAGAACUCCUUGAUGUCUUCCUCCGUGGCGCGCGGCACGGGGCCCAGCUCGCUCUCCUCCUCCGUCUCCUGGAUCUCGCGGAUGUUCUCGUCCUCGUACAUCUUCUGCAGCUGCGCGACGCUGCGCACGUCCGUCUUCUUGGCGUCCAGCUCGCGCAGGUUUUCCUCCUGCGCCUCCAUCUGCUUACGCAGCGCUGUAGCAGCAGCAGCACAGCAGCCAGUAGCGUUAGUACCAUAAUCUCAGUCCCUCCUUUGGGUCGUCAUCAAAGCUCUCCACACCUUUCUUCUUGCGCUCAAUGGCCUCCACAGCCUGCGGAGCCGACCGCCAGGAGAAAUAGUCGUCACCCAGGUGGGCCAGCACCUCGUUGGAGCGCACGAUCUUGCCCGGCGCCAUGGCGCGCUUGCCCAGCGGCACCAUCACCCGGUGCGAGAGCUUCUUGGGCAGCUCCGCCAGCGUGUCGGCCACGGCGUCGUAGCGCUCCACCUGCGCCUGCAGCUGCGCCAGCUGCUCGCGCACGCUCUCCACGCGCUCCUGCAGCAGCCGCGCGUUCGCCGCCUCCGCCAUCACGCCCAGCGCCGCCAUCGUCGUCGUCGAGGAUCGAGCCUAACGUUAUUGAGCCUUUUGACCAGCCAAAUGUGGACUGGUCCCAUCCUACAAAUACUUCUAGAUUGACCCAACCUACAUAAGUAUGUAGACUGCUAUUCUCGGCUAAGUGCGAAGAUUGCUUCCUCAAUUUCCCCCGAGAACGCCAAUACACUGAGGAAGGCAGGCGAGAAGAUCGGGCGACAGGUACCAUGGCGGCGGGCGAGUGUCAGACGAGCAACACCAAGGACUACGACAACGAGGAGGAUGACCUGCUGGCCGGGCCGGAGACGGUGCUGGACGAGGGCGACAUCGCGCUGCUGAAGACGUACGGCCUGGGCCCGUACUCGCGCGUGAUCAAGCAGGUGGAGGACGACAUCAAGAAGGCGCAGAAGGCCGUGAACGACCUCAUCGGCAUCAAGGAGAGCGACACGGGGCUGAGCCUGCCCAGCCAGUGGGACCUCGUGAGCGACAAGCAGAUGAUGCAGGAGGAGCAGCCGCUGCAGGUGGCGCGCUGCACCAAGAUCAUCAACGCCGGCGAGGAGGACGCCAAGUACAUGAUCAACGUCAAGCAGAUCGCCAAGUUCGUCGUGGGGCUGGGCGAGAAGGUGGCGCCCACGGACAUUGAGGAGGGAAUGCGCGUGGGCGUGGACCGCACCAAGUACGCCAUCCAGAUCCCGCUGCCGCCCAAGAUCGACCCCACGGUGUCGCUCAUGACGGUCGAGGACAAGCCCGACGUGACGUACGACGACGUGGGCGGCGCCAAGGACGCGCUCGAGAAGCUGCGCGAGGUCGUGGAGCUGCCGCUGCUGCACCCGGAGAGGUUUGUGAACCUGGGCAUCGACCCGCCCAAGGGCGUGCUGCUCUACGGCCCGCCCGGCACGGGCAAGACGCUGUCGGCGCGCGCCGUGGCCAACCGCACGGACGCGUGCUUCAUCCGCGUCAUCGGCAGCGAGCUCGUGCAGAAGUACGUGGGCGAGGGCGCGCGCAUGGUGCGCGAGCUUUUCACCAUGGCGCGCUCCAAGAAGGCCUGCAUCGUCUUCUUUGACGAGGUGGACGCCAUCGGCGGCGCGCGCAGCAGCUCCGAGGAGGGCGGCACGGACAACGAGGUGCAGCGCACCAUGCUGCAGAUCGUCACGGAGCUGGACGGCUUCGACCCGCGCGGCAACAUCAAGGUGCUCAUGGCCACGAACCGUCCCGACACGCUGGACCCGGCACUCAUGCGCCCCGGCCGAUUGGACCGCAAGGUCGAGUUCAACCUGCCCGAGCUCGAGGGCCGCACGCAGAUCCUCAAGAUCCACGCCAAGAGCAUGAACUGCGACCGCGGCAUCCGCUUCGAGCUCGUGAGUCGGCUCUGCCCCAACACGACGGGCGCCGAGCUGCGCAGCGUGUGCACGGAGGCGGGCAUGUUCGCCAUCCGCGCGCGCCGCAAGUCCGUGAGCGAGAAGGACUUCCUCGAGUCGGUCAACAAGGUCAUCAAGGGCUACAAGAAGUUCUCGUCCACGCCCAAGUACAUGGUCUACAACUAGAUCGGGCGCUCGGCUCGCGCAGCGGCGAGCAGCCGGACACAGCAGGCUAUCAUCGUUGCGCGCGGCGGCGGUAUCAGCGAGGCUUUAAUAAAUACACACGCUUACUGCAGCAUUGAAAACCCCACCUCGCCUCACCUCACUCACCCCAGCAUGAAUGUUGCCGUCGUUGAAGUGCCCUCGUGCAGUGCAGGCUAAAACGGAUCCUCUCUGUACAAACCGGGGCAUCCGACAAUACACAAGUCAGUCUCAGAAACGGCCAGCAGCACAGCAGCAGCAAUGGCGUCGUCGUCGUCGGUCGCGCAGCCUGCGCCGGCGAAGCUCAAGACGCGCUCCGAGUUCUCCGUGACGCUGGAGGUGGCGCCCUCCGCUGCGACGUCGUUCUACCGCUACGAGUACAAGGAGGCGGGCUCGACGUGGGAGCAGGGCGCGCAGACCGUGGACGCGGCCGUGGGCGCCUCUGAGGUGGUGCUGGAGGACCUCAACCCCACGAGCACGUACGAGGUGCGCAUCUACGAGGUGGCCAAGGCUGCAGACGGCAAGGAGAGCGUGUCGAAGCCCAGUGAAGUCGCCGCCGUGGACACGGAAGUGCCCGGGUGCGGCCCGGACUCGGGCCAGGGCUGCUUGUGCACGAUCCAGUGAGCGGAGACCAGGCCAGACCAGUCCGACGUGACGCUGGAAGACAACAAGAGCAACAUCCAUAACACUAUUGCAGCACAUCUGUUCAUAUUCACACAGACCCCGUUGUCCCCGCACUUACACACCGCGUACAGCAGGAGUCUCCUGGAGGUCCUUGGCAUUUCCUGCUUCUCUGCCCGGCAGCUUCUUGCAUGUCGGGCUCCGUGCCAGCGACGUGAGGCUGAGGUGUGGAG